AUGAGCAGCUCGGGACGCAUGAGCGGCACCGGUCGAGGCUCGUUCUCGGGCGGCCGCAGCUCCGAAGUCGAGCGCAUCAUCGCAGCGGCUGACGUCGAUACGACGUUUGCCGGCAAGAAGGCGCGCUAUCGCGGCCGUCGAUCGACCUGGCCAGGAGCACUCGCGCUGCUGCUGUUGGCUGUUGUCUCGGUCGCGGGCCUCACGUACUAUGGCAUCAAAGUGCACGACAAUGUGAACGAGACCGAGGCCAACAGCGAAGCGGCGACUGAAGCCAAGUUCACAGACGGCACGCAGAUCAAAGAUGGGCAGCCGAGGGACCGCACGUCGGACCUGGCGAUCACGAACCCCAAGACGUACACGGACCGAAAGUGCGAGCAGCCCAACUACGUCAGCAAGAACGGUCGCAUCUUUGCCCAAUUGGCCGACGGCAGUUCGACUCAGAUUGACAUCAAGGGCAUUAAUUGGAAAGGCAUGGAAGACGUCAAGGGCGUGCCCAAGGGACUGUGGGACAACAAGGCGGACGGCAACUCGCUGUACCGCUACGCGCACUUUUUGCACUUGAACAAGUUCAACGUUGUGCGCUUUCCGCUCUCUAUUGACGCGGUCAUGCGCAAUACGGACAUUGACACGAACCUCAUUAACACCAACUCGAACCGGGCGCUGGCCACUGCUUCGCGCUACAACACGCUGCUGGGCUUGCUGGUGCAAGGACUGGGCCAGUUCAACAUUGGCGUCGUGCUGGACUUUCAUGUCCUGUCGGCGUUGAACGACGACGGCUCGGGGCUGUGGUACGGCCCGUCCAUUAAGCUGGUGGACAUCAAGACAGCUAUCUCGAACCUGGCGGAGGCUCUGUGUGACUCGACGCACUUCAAUAUCAUCGGUAUUGACCUCAAGGAUGGUCCGAUGAAGGACGCGACGUGGGGGGACGGGUCCGACACGGAUUGGUCGGUCGCAGCAACGGACCUGGGAAAUCACAUGCUGAAGGUAUGUCCAAAGUGGCUGGCGUUCGUGCAGGGUGUGCAGGGCGAGAGCCACAAAGACACGUACGGCGAGCGUGCGAUCAAGAACACUUUUUUGCCUGGCUCAGAUCUCUCGGGUCUGACUGAGAACCCCAUCAAGCUAAAGAAGGACAACAAGGUCGUGUACGCGCCGAAGUACUUUUCGAGCUCGUACAUCCCUCGGUUGUUCUUUUUCGAGGAUGGUGCAACGAACGGUGACUUGCUGGAAGAGUACGUCGAAUACGCAGAUGCAGACCUGCUGGCGAACGUGCAGCUGAACAUGAACUACUCGUUCGGCGCAGCCUUUGACACGGGCAGUGCUGUGGUGCUUUCGUCCUUUGGUGGUCUCAUGGGCGACUUGGAUGCGACGGCUAAACAGACGAGCACGCGAAUCAUUAAGAGCAUCAUCUCGCAGAUGACAGGCUCGACGGAGCCUUAUUUGGCUGGCGGGUUUUGGUGGACGCUGAACCCCGACACGUCGUGGCCGUACCCGUCGCCUGACGACUCGAACGCUACGGCGCAGGGCCUGCUGGACUCGACGUGGCGUAUUGCAAACAAGGACGUGCUGGAAGUGCUGGCAUCGAUGGGCAAGGCAAUGAGCAGCGUGAAGUUCAUUCCCUGCUCCAAGUAA